UUACCGGGAAUAUGUCGGGUAAUGCCAGUGAACUUUUGCAAAAGCUGAACGAUGAAAAGGCUAUUUUGUAUAUACCUGUGAUUGUCUAUAUGGCCAUACUGAUGCUGAUCGGAAUAGUAGGAAACAUGAUGGUAGGCGUUGUUUACAUCAAAAAGAAAUUGAAAACUUCCACCGAUUUUUUCAUUUUGAAUUUAGCAAUUCUCGACUUGUUGACCUGUUUCUUUGGUAUUCCCGUAGAAAUUGCCGACUUAAGAUUUCCCUACACAUUUAAUGCCCCUGCCGCCUGCAAAAUCUUCCGAACCGUGGAAUCGCUCACCAACAUGGGGUCAACACUUACUUUAAUUGCCAUCGCUGUUGAUAGAUACAAAAGGAUAUGCAGACUUGGAGAGCGGUUUUCUAGUAAAGCGGCAAAAAGGAUAUGCGCAGGCGCAGUGAUUGUUGGCAUUUUAACUUGUUGGCCAGCAGCGAUUGUUUUCGGCAAAAAGACUGUUGAUGUGGGGAUACCAGGAAUUAAGGGGACCGAUUGUUCGACAGAUGAUACACAACGACAUACCGUGUAUCCACUUCUUUACUAUGCUGUUGUGUUUCUCUAUUUCUUAAUUUGUGUUAUAAUAGUAACAGUUCUUUACGUUAAGAUAUCAAUUUUUAUCAGACGAGGUAAGCAAAAACUGAGGAAAGGAAACUCAAACAAAUGCGAAUUGAAUUCUGAGAUAACGACAACGACCCAAGUAAGUCAAGAAACAAAUACGAACGUAUCAUUAAUAUCUUUUACAACCAUUGCUGGCGAAAGAAAGAGUAUUGAGGAAACUACUACCAUGGCACCGGUGAACACAAUAAAAACCUCACGAACAACCGUGAUAUGUAUAGCCAUUACAGUAGCUUUCAUUGUUAGUUAUCUACCAUUUCUCGUCGUCAUGGUGACAAGGAACAUCAAGAAAAAUUUCGAGAAGACUCUUACCCCUCCCGCAGAAGUCUUCUACAAGUUUUGUUUGAAAUCCUACUUCAUUAACGACGCCAUUAAUCCUGUUAUCUACAGUUUCCUCAAUGCUGCAUUCCGACAGGAAGUGAUCAGAAGAUUAAGGUGUAAAGCAUGCUGUAGACACAGAUGAUCCUGAUAAGGAAGACUCA